AUGGAACUUUCUUGGACGUGUCAAAAAUCCCCGCAUCUCGAGAUCCCUGCGCUAUCUUUCCCAAAACUCUUCCGAUUGAGCUGUCACUUCAACAUCGGUAUCGUUGACCCGUAUUCACCCCCCACUCUUAGGUUCCAGGGUGGUCAUCAGUACACUGGAAACAAGCUUGAUUUCUCAGAUGCUCCCAACCUUCAGGAGGUCAUGAUCGACACCUUGACGAUUGGUCUGAUCGACUUCAAGCUGCCGUGGUCGCAGCUUCGUUCGCUUGCAUUUCAAGGACAAAACGAGACGAAAAAUGACGAUGUCUUCGUAGCAGAUUGUCUCACCGUGCUUUCGCAAUGUGGCAACCUCACGGAUCUCAAAGUCUAUGACGGAUACAGGGCGUUUUCCUCACACAAGCCUUUCAAAUACACCCCCAGAACUACCCAGAUCGUGACUCUCCCUCUUCUCACACACUUCGUCUUCACGACCGAGGACGGUCGCAUGAACUACGGCGUCCUUCCGUUUCUGCACUUGCCUGUCCUCGAGACUGCCAUACUUUGGCUUCUUGACACGGACGUGUUUGAUGCCAUCGUCCAAUCCCUUACGACUGCUCAUUCGCCCUUGCGUAUGCUUCAUAUAGAAGAUCCCAUGAGGCACGAUUACCCCUGUUUUCCCGUAUCUGGCGACUUCCUUGCGGCCUUCCCAAAGAUCACGUCUUUGACGACAGAUGUGCACCAUUUGCUUCCCGAACUUCAUCCCCAUUUUCAUCCUACCUCUGGCCAGCUCGUGUCGGACCUACUGCCUGAGCUCCAGGAACUUUGUCUCACGUCAUGGAACUACUCCUACGUACACGACAUGUGGUCGUGGAAGGACUUGCGAAACUUCGUGUCAUCGCGGUGGUUGGAUGGAACGAAACCUGUCGUCUCGAAAUUCCGUCGUCUUCGUCUACAGGGUUUUGAUCGUGGUUUAGAAGGGACUGAGGAUGAAAUUCGGGCGUACCUUAAGGAGUUUGUCGACAAGGGGUUAGAGUUGGAAUUAUACGUGGGUGACGAGGAGUCGACGGGUGGCAUGGAGUCGGCUGUAUGGGAGGCAGCAGGAGCUCGUUGGCCCUGCGAGCCGUAGGUAUCUCUGCCAUCAACACCCUGCAGGCCAAACUUGGCCUCUGCCGCAAAAGCUUUCUCUCUGGAGAGGAGCAGACGCGUUGCACUUUAUACGUCGAUGAUAUGUAGACUCACUUGUUUAUCUCAAUGUGCUG